AUGUGCUGCUUCGUCUCUGCUUCUCUGCAUACCUUUACAAGCGACGAGAAUGCGCUGCUGCAGCAUGAUCUAGACAUCCUCACUGCUGCUGCUGCUGCUGGACAGCAGCAGCAGCAGCAGCAGCAGCAGCUUGAAAGAGAGGUGGUGCUUUUUGAACGGAGCCAAGUGCAGCAAUUUGUGACGGAGUUCUGUGCCCUCAACAGCUGCCUAUACACCCCAGGGCUUGCUUUGGUCGCUGCUGCAGUGCUUGCGCUGCCUCCUCUCGCUGCUGCUGCUCGCAGCCAGCGUUUUGCUGUGCUGCAGUUCGUGGUGCGGGAAGCUGCUGCACCGGCACUGCUGCUGCUGCUGCUGACGAAGGAUCAGGACGCGCAGGACACCAACAGCAGCAGCAGCAGCAGCAGCAGCAGCAGUGACAGCAGCAGCAGCAACAGCACCUGUAACGGCGAUGCCGACAACGGCAGCCAACUGUCUCCUUCAGACGCUGCUGUUGGAGACGUGCAGCAGCAGCAGCAACAGCAACAGCAGCAGCAGCAGCAACAGCAGCAACAGAAGCAGCUGCUGGACGCUUGCGCAUAUCCGCCUGUCUCUCGUGCCUUUGCUGCUGCGGUGUACAGGCAGUACCUACAGCAGCAGCAGCAGCAGCGUCAAAUGCGACAGCAGCAGCAAAAUAGCGAGCAGGAAAAGCAGCAGCAGCAGCAGCAGGAAAAUCAGCAGCAGCAGAAGCCUGCAGAAGAUGAGCCCUCAGCUACAGCAGCACCACCAGCAGCUCCAGUCACAGCAGCAGCACCAACAGAAGCAGCAGCAGCAACACCAGCAGCACCAGCAACAGCAGCAGCAGCAGCAGCAUCAGGCCCUUCGAGAAGAUCAUCUUGCAGCAGCAGAAGCGAUGAGCUCGAGGACGUGCUGCUGGACGACGACCCCCCGGCAGCAGCAGCAGCAACAACAGCCACAACAGCAGCAGCAGCAACAGCAGCAGCAGCAGCGCCUUUGAGCAACAGCAAGGGCUUUUGCCCAUCGUCUUUGGUUGCUGCGCUGCAGUCAGACGAGCAGCAGGUGCAGCAGCUGCUGCAGCAGCGGCAGCAGCAGCGCGAGGAGACCGAAGCAACUCUGCAUGCGCUGCUGCUCUAUCAUUGCCCGGACUUGCUGCUGCUGCUGCAGCAGCAGGGCCUCUCGCUGCUGUCAGUUGCUGCAGAGUGGUUAGGAACAGCCUUUGCUUCCCGCUGCUUCGCCGUGCCCCCCGCAGCAGCAGCAGCAGCAGCUGCUGCUGCUGCAGCAGAAGCAGCAAGGGAGACGACAGAGCAGAAGCUGCAGUGUCUACACACCCUAUGGCGUUUCCUGGCUCUUGUAAAGGAGCCGCAGGCGAGACUUUUGCUGGCAGUGUCUCUUCUUAUUGCAAACGGCCCUCAGCUGCGGCGCUGCUGUUCUGCUGCUGAGGUCUUGGCUAGCUGCCGCUUAGCCUCGUUCCUUCCUGCUGCUGCUGCUGCUGCUGCAGCAGCUGGCGCUGCUGCUGGUGCUAGCGCUGAUACUGGUGUUGCUGCUGGUGCUGCUGCUGCUGAUGGCGUUGCUGCAGCUGCUUCAGCAGCUCAGGGUGCUCCGGCUGCGGAUGGAGGCCUUUCUGCUGCUGCAGCAGCAGCAGCAGCAGCAACGGGUGAUGGAGCAGCAGCAGCAAGAAGCUGGUGGGUUCAAGCCUCUAUCUUAGCUGUACGUACACCUAAAUGUCUGCUCAAUGCAGCCCUUCAGUCUUCUAGAGGGAGAGAAAACCGGGGGCUGCCACCACUAAUGGAUGGGGAGUCUCUCUGCAGCUUCCUGCUGCGGCGAGCGUCGAUAAAGCAGCAUCUGAAGGCUCUAAGGCAGCAGCUGGCUUCACUGGAAGCAGCAACUGAAGCAGCUACGGCGCAGCAGCAGCAGCAGCAGCAGCAGCAGCCGCAGGAACAGGAGCAGCAGGUGCAGGAGUUGCAGAAGGAGCCGCAGCAGACUUUGCUGCUGCAGCAGCAGCAGGUGGAGAGGCAGCAUCAGUUGCAGCAGCAGCAGCAGGAGGCUGUUCCUGCACAUAUAUCUCUCCCUGGAAGCUUCGAGCGGCUGCCCCACAAAUCAGACACGCUGCAAGACUCGGAAGCAGCAGCAGCAGCAGCAGCGGCAGCAGCAGCAGGACUCACAGAUUCGCCAGACACAGGCACGACAGAAGCAGCAAGAGAGAGCCUCAGCAGCAGCAGCAGCAACAGCUGCAGCAACCGCAGUACACCGGACCAGGCGCUUUGCUGCUCCCCCGCUUCGGAGGUGGAGCAGCAAGAGCAGCAAAUGCAGCAACAGCAACAGCAGCAGAAGCAGCAGCAACAGCGGCAGCAGCAGCAGCAGCAGCGCAGUGUUAGGGACUGGCUCGAGUUGUUGCUGCAUCUGCAGCCGGGGCUGCCUAUGCUUGUUCCUGGUUUGCUGCAGACAGCAGGAGCAGCAAAUGCAGCAACAGCAACAGCAGCAGAAGCAGCAGGAGGAGGUGCUCCUCAGCGGGGGGAGGAGCAACAGCAGGAGCUGCUGCUGCUGAGGAAGCUAGAAGCUGCUGCUGCGCUGCUGCUGCAGGAGACAGAACUAAUCGUGCUUGACUGCCGCACAUUUGAAGCUGUACAUACAGCUGAGGGCCGCCGCAUUCGCGGUGCGAUGCCGCAGCAGCAGCAGCAGCAGCAGCAGCAGCAGGAAGACGAUAAGGAAGCACAAGCACUUGAGAGUCUCCUUCUUUGCUGCGAAUUCGUGCGGGGUAAAGCCAUCUGUCUCCUCGGCAGUGCAGCAGAUCCAAGCACCGGCAGAGCUGCUGCAGCAGCUGCAGCAGCAGCAGGACGGGGUGCUGCUGCUGCAGCAGCAGCAGCAGAUCCUGUCGAAGUGCUGUCGAGGCUGCUGCAGCAGCACCACUUUCCAAGGGUUGCGAUCCUCAGUGAAGGAUUUGAAGGUCUGUGCCGGGUGUUCGAGGCUAAGCGUCUAUCUGUUCACUUGUUAGCUGAGGAUCGGAGAAUAGAGGAGGGAAAGAGAGCAGCAAAUGCAGCCUCUGCGAUUCGCUGCUGGAGAGACAAGGCUAAGGAAGCAGCAGCAAAACUCUUGUCUUCGUCUGCUGAGCACAGACACCAACUCAGCUCUACUCUGCAAGCAGCAAUGCAGACCACCCGCGGCGUCUCGCGUGACUUUGGAAGCAGCAUCCGGGGUGCCUUCAACACUGCAGCAGCAGCAGCAGCAGCAGCAGCAGCAGGGAGCUCCAAGGGCAAACAGCAGCAACUCGAGCAGCAGCAGCAGCAGCAGCAGCAGCAGCAGCAGCAGCAGCAAGACUUCAGACGAAGAAGCACUAUGGGGAAUGGGGUGGCCUCUGCUGCGAAUUUUUUUUCGUCUUUAUUAGCUAAAGGAGGUGCAGCAGGAGCUGCUGAUACACCUAAAAACCCAGCAGCAGCAGCAGCAGCAGCAGCAGCAGCAGCACCGGCAGCAGCAGAGUCAGCAUAUGCAACAGAUGGAGCAGCAACAGCAGCAGACAGCCCCACAGAGGAUCGCUCGCACAGAUCGCGGGACAGCAGCAAGAUGGAAGGUGACAGCGCGUGUGCUUCUGGAGCAGCAGCAGCAGCAGCAGCAGAUGCUGCAGCAUCCGCUGCAGCAGCAGAAGCAGAAGCAGCAGCAGCAGAAGCAGCAGCAGCAGCAGCACGGGGUGAUUCUUCUUCUUGGGGGACGCAGAAGGAGGCGCUGCAGGCGCUGCUGAAGCAAAGACUGCAGCAAGCGAAAGACACAUCUUAUGCUAAGAUUUCUUCUCUUGGGUCUUCUAUUAAAAGCUUCUCGCUUAAACAUCCUUCAAACAAACAGCAGCAGCAGCAGCAGCAGCAGGGGGGAGAAGGGACGGGGAGGAAGGAUGCUGAGCAGCAGCAGCAGCAAAGCGAAUCCGCGGGAGCUGCAGAAGUAACUGCAACAGAAACUGAAGCACAGCAGCAGCAGCAGCAGCAGCGUGAAGCGAGUUCCCAGGCUGAUAGAAAUGCU